AUGAGCGACAUCGGCAAUGAACUGAGCGUCGCAGCGGAGCGAAAGAGAACCAUGAGUGACAGCGCGAGGGAGAGCCUGUACCGGUACCGGGUUGGCGACAUCCUUCAGGUGGCCGGAUUCCACAAUGCCGCCCCACAAUUCCGUUUCGUCCACCGCCGCAACGUUGUGCUCAGUGUCGAUACUGACAAGACGAACGAGGAUGACCUCCUCAACGCCAUCACGUCCGCCAAGCGCCGCCUCCUCCACCCCCUCCACCUCUUCCUCACAGAGUACACCAGCUACGCCGACAACUCCUCCAUCCCCGACCACUACGUCCUCUUCUGGGAAAUCUCCCCCUCGACCACAACCGUCGAUGCCUCUGUCAUUGAGGAGUGCUGCUCCGUCGUCGAGGCCUCGCUUGAUUCUGUCUACAGGCAGUGCAGGAGAAAGGACAGGUCGAUCGGGCCGCUGGAGAUCAGGGUGGUCGAGUGCGGCGUGUUCGACGCUCUGAUGGGCCUGUACGUGUCUCAUGGAUCGUCGGUGAACCAGUACAAGACGCCGAGGUGCGUGAAGUCGCCGAAGGUGAUCAGGCUACUGAACGAGAGGGUGGUGGGGAGUUUCUUCAGCAAGAAGACGCCGGAGUGGGAGACGAUCAGGCUACUGAACUAG